AUGCCGCACGCACCAGCCUUUCCCGGAGGCUCAGUGACACCCAUCCAUGCGCCCAGAUCUGUCCAGCUGCCUCGAAAUGCAGCACACGCCGCCACCAGGAGCUCGUGCUCCGCGCCCAGCCACGUCUCCACGCUCCGGGGCUGCCAGGCGGUGCAGCCGCCAGCGCUCACUGCGGGGUCUCCCGAAGACACCGCCCGAAUCAGAGCAGCGCAUUUUCCAGCUUGCUCUUCGCACGAAGGCAUCUCCGCCGCCGCCUCACGCUCCGCUCCACCCCGAGCUGCAGUUUGGAUUUCCGGCGGGAAGCUGAGCUCCGGCGACCCCUCGGCCUACCCGGCGCGGGACCUGAGCGCGUGCCCGCUAUCGCGCGCGCCUCCCCGAAUCUCGACCCCGAACUCGGGAACCGCACCCGCGCCGUCCGGCGCCUCUCCGCGGCCUCGGCCCCCACCUCCCCGCGCGCGCUUUGUCUCCCAGGCCCCGCCGACCCCGACCCUGACCCCGACCCGACCCCGCCCGGGCCGGGAGCGCGCCGCGAAGAUGAAGGCGGAGGCGCCCUGA